GGAACACAUGUCUGGCUCGACUGGGGUAUCAUCACAGGGGGGCAUGGUCUUGAUUUGGGAUUAGAGGACCCCCCCCACACCUCCCCCUCCCAGGAGAAAUGAUGUUCACAGACAAGAGCUCCGGCACGUCUGUGCCCAAGAAGACGGCCAAGAAGAAGACGCGGCCGCAGGGUCUGCCGUCACCGGCGCUGUGCUGCGCGUGCGGCCUCUGCAUUAUGCUGGCAGGCAUCAACAUCACCCUGGUGGGCGCCUUCGCCUUCGGGACCCUCCUGCCCACCCAGAACCCGCCCAUCAUCAUCGGGCCCGUCCUGCUGCUGGUGGCCUUCGCCUUCUUCGGGGCCUGCUGCGUGUGCAGCCGCCGCCCCCCGGCCCAGGGCUCCCGCAAGCCUAAAUCCGGGAGCAGCCUGGGGCUCGCCCGGGUGGGGGGCGCGGCCUUCGAGAUCGAGACCAGCGAGCACACGCUGCAGGACACCACCGCCGUGCAGCUCAGCCCCACCAACUCCCCCAGCUCCUCCCGCGCCUCCAGCCCCACCCAUGAGCCCGGCGGCCCCGCCCCCACCCCCGCCCCAGCUGCGAGGGCCUGCAAGCUCUUCACCAUGGAGGCCAACUGCGCCCCCUCUGCCUGCUACUCCGCCUCCGCCGCAGGGGGCGGAGCUGUCAAGCUUAGCCUGCCGUGUGACCAUGCUGCCACCUAG